AUGGGUUCCAUGGGGUAUAAAGUGGCGAGCUCACAAUAUGCUCAUCCACUGAUCUCAGAGCGAGCUGUUGAUGAACCUAGGCCUCUGCGGGUGAUCUAUGUCGGGGCCGGUAUUUCAGGAAUCUGCGCGGCCAUCCAGUUUCCUAAGUUCGUCCCGAACCUGGAACUGGUGAUUUACGAGAAGAAUCCAGACAUAGGCGGCACCUGGUACGAGAACAGAUAUCCCGGUUGUGCAUGUGACAUUCCAGCGCACUCUUAUCAACUUUCGUACGACUCAGAUGUGAGCUGGAGCCAAUUUUACGUGGGCGCCGAGGAGAUUCUUGAGUAUUGGAGGAAAAUAGUGGAUAAAUACGACAUCAGAAAAUUCAUGAACUUCGAGCAUCGUUGUAUAGAAGCGCGCUGGAAUGAGACAACAUCAAAGUGGCACGUCAAACUCGAGACGCCAGACGGAAAUACCCAAAAGAUCAUCGAGGAUAUUGGCGAUGUGCUGGUGACGGGUGUGGGCGUACUCAAUAAUUGGAAUUGGCCAAACAUUAAUGGACUCCAUGAUUUCAAAGGUAAAUUACUUCACAGCGCUAACUGGGAUACAUCAUAUGAUCCAACGGGGAAAAAUAUAGCGGUCAUUGGCGCAGGAAGUAGUGGCAUCCAAAUUGUACCGGCACUGCUACCGAAAGUGAAAGCGAUUGACCACUAUGUUAGAGGCAGGACAUGGAUAGCUGCCAGCUUCGGAAGCGAAAUCGUCCGGGAACGGAACAAUGGCCAGGACGGUAACUUCAAUUAUUCUCCAGCAGAAAUCCAAGGCUGGAAGAACGACCCGGCUAGCUAUCUGAGAUAUCGAAAAACACUUGAGCUCGGAAUGCAAGGCAACUUUGCUCUUACUCACCGAGGGACCCAGGAGCAUGAGGGAGCAUGGGCUGCAUUUGAAACAGACAUGCGAAGACGUCUGGCAAAGAAGAGUCGCAUAGCUGAUCAUUUGAUCCCGAGUUUUCCACCACUGUGUAAGCGUCUGACCCCCGGCCCUGGGUAUCUUGAGGCAUUAGUGGCGGAUAAUGUUGCAGUCAUUCCAGAAAAGAUUUCACAUAUCGAUGCAACAGGAAUCACGACGUGUGAUGGUAUUCAUCGGCCUGUUGAUGCUAUAAUCACCGCAACAGGCUUCGAUACUACAUUCCAGGGCCGUUUCCCAAUCUAUGGAAGAGGUGGAGUCAAUCUCCAAGAACGAAACAAAAUCCGUCCCGAGACAUAUCUAGGAAUUACAGUUGAUGAGUUUCCGAACUUCUUCUACUCGUUAGGCCCGAACUCAGGAGCGGCAAAUGGAAAUUUACUGCUCAUUAUCGAGUCGAUUGCGAAUUACAUCGGGCAAAUACUCGAGAAGCUGGCAAAAGGGAACAUCAAAACCAUCGUUCCCCAGAGACAGGAAGUGGAGAAUUUCACGAACUAUUGCGACGCAUAUUUUAAAAGAACUGUUUUUUCUGCCGAGUGUGGUAGCUGGUAUAAGAUAGCACCACCGAAUGCAACUGCGGAAGAACGAAAGCAAGGAAGAAUAGUGGCUUUGUGGCCUGGUAGUAGUGUUCAUGCAGCACGUGCUUUGGAGAGAGUUAGGUUUGAGGAUUACGAAAUGACGUUCGUGGACGACAACGCAUUUGGAUGGUUUGGCGAUGGUUGGGCAGCGGCUGAACGCACAGGUGAUGUUGAAGGACUCAGUUGGUAUCUGAAUGGUACAAAGUUUACACAUGAACCGUUGAAGAAGGUUGAGAACACAUACGUUCUUGAUGGAAAGGUCAAAGAUGGAAAUGCUACCAAGGAGACAAAUGUUCAAAGUCAACUUCACGUGCCCAAUGGUGCGGUCAAUGGUAUCGACACCAAAGCAUAG